UGGCCUUGGGUAUACAGUAUAAAUUGUCACACACAGAACCAGCCACACGCACAACACAGUCUGGACUCAACUCAACAUAUGGUAAAUAUGUGGAAGUUUCUGCUGGUGGUCGCGGCUGUGAAUGCCAGUCCAUAUUCAUCACAAGACUGUUCCAGCAAUCCAUGCCACCACGGCGGCACCUGCCAAAACUUGGCAAACGGCUACAGGUGUCACUGUCAACAUGGAUGGACAGGUACCAACUGCCAGUCAGACGUGAACGAGUGCGCAACUAACGGAGGGCGGGGACCAUGUGAACAAACCUGUAUAAACCUGGCCGGUGGUUACCGAUGCUCGUGCCAUGGGGGUUAUCAACUGGCUGCAGACGGCUUUUCGUGCGUUGAUGCAGAUGAGUGUGCGACUAACGGAGGACGGGGUCCAUGUCACCACUUCUGUACAAAUGUGCACGGCAGUUACCUCUGCUCCUGCCAGGCGGGGUACCAGCUGGAUGCAGACGGCGUCUCUUGCAUCGAGGCGGAAGAGUGCCUGACUAACGAAGGACCAUGUGAACAAACCUGCACGAACCUAGACGGCGCCGUCCACUGCUCCUGUGAGUCAGGAUACCAGCUCCAUGCAGACGGUGUCUCCUGUACUGACGUGGACGAGUGUACGCAGGGACUUCACGACUGUGAGCAACGAUGUCUAGACACUUACGGCGGGUUCUCCUGCGGAUGUGAAGACGGGUUUUCCCUCGCUGACGACGGCAAAUCUUGUUUGGACAUUGACGAGUGUGCCAGCAAUCCAUGCCACCACGGCGGCACCUGCCAGAACCUGGCAAACGGCUACAGGUGUCACUGUCAACAUGGAUGGACAGGAACCAACUGCCAGUCAGUGCAGUCAAACGUUAUCACCGGCUGACCGAAGACGACACGCAUGAAAUCCAGCUGGAAGAGCAUGCUGGGGAAAAGCAUUUAAUAAAGCUUAUACCU